GGGGGCGUGUUCAGGUCUUGGUGGGCGGGAUCAGAGGCGGAAGUGAUCUCGUGUUUACCGUCAGUAUCGCGGAGGCUCCGGAGCCGCAGACAUGAAGUUCGUGUAUAAGGAAGAACAUCCCUUCGAGAAGAGGAGGUCAGAGGGCGAGAAGAUCCGCAAGAAGUACCCGGACAGAGUGCCCGUGAUUGUGGAGAAGGCGCCUAAGGCGAGGAUCGGGGACCUGGACAAGAAGAAAUACCUGGUGCCAUCGGAUCUAACAGUCGGCCAGUUCUACUUUCUCAUCAGGAAAAGGAUCCAUCUCCGCGCGGAGGACGCCCUCUUCUUCUUCGUCAACAACGUCAUCCCCCCCACCAGCGCCACCAUGGGACAGCUCUACCAGGAACACCACGAAGAGGACUGCUUCCUGUAUAUCGCCUACAGUGAUGAGAGCGUAUACGGCCAGUAACCCCUCCCUCUACUGUAAGAUUCCUUCAUUCCCCCUUUUCGUGCUUCAUUUUUCCCCAUUUAAUCCUGAUCUCUUGGUUUAUUUGCUCCCCUGGGGCGGCUCUUUAUGGCGGGGGAGUGUGAUCCCUCUUACUUCAGCCCUAUUUGGGGUUGUUCGUAAUAAAAAGACUUGACAUGC